AUGCUCUUAUUAGGGCUCAUUCUUGCGGUAGCCGAAGCUCAAGAGCUGUUGAGCAAUCCACAAUGUAAUCAACCAUUUGAUCAAGGAACAUGUAUGCAGUUUUCCGUAAAAUGGUAUUAUGAUCGAUAUGCUCACCGAUGUAGGGAAUUCUAUUAUGGAGGUUGUGAAGGAAAUGAUAAUCGGUUUAAUUCACUUCAAGAGUGCAACGCUGCAUGUACCUAUCAUGCACCGACAAAUCGAGAUCGCUGCUUUCAACCGCAUGAUCCCGGCCAAUGCAAUGGUGAUUUUGAACGAUGGUACUUCGAUAUGAAUAAAAAGCAAUGUGUUUGUAGCUGGUGGUCAGGUUGUGGAGGUAACUCGAAUCUGUUCUACUCCUACAAGCACUGUAUGCUUAUUUGUGGAGAGUUUGCUACCGGUGGCCCAGGUAUCGAUGAGAAAUACUACAAUGUAAGGCGUUAUUCAACUUUCUGCCUAAGGUUAUAUAUUAUAAAACAUGUGACUCAGUAUGUUGUGCAGCGGCCUGAUGGAAGGUACCCGUCGGGCCAAACGUACUCAAGUGGGAAUGGGCAAGUGACUCAACAAGUUGUACAGCGGCCUGAUGGAAGGUACCCGUCAAGCCAAACGUAUCCAAGUGGGCCCGGACAAGUGACUCAACAAGUUGUACAGCGGCCUGAUGGAGGGUACCCGUCGGGCCAAACGUAUCCGAGUGGGCCUGGGCAAGUAACGCAACAGACUGUUUACCGGCCUGGUGAACAGAUAACCUAUACCCAUACCGGCUAUCAGAGGCCACAGCCGGAUCAUAGACAACAAGUGCAGUUCGUCUACGGACCAGGGCCACAAGACCAGCAGCAACAACAACAACAUCAACAGGUAUGGUUGUUGGCGAUCGAAGAUUUUUUCGAAGCUCAUAAUCACUGGGGAAACAAAGUCGAAUAUGCUCAAGAAAGCGUACAUGCUCAAAGAGGCAAAGCUUGA